CUCCCUAGUGAUGACUAAUCUGACCAGACCUGUUUGAUCAUUGUGAAAUUUGUUCUAGCGCUCUGUGGGCAAACACACAUAAUGACAAUGAUGACAAAUGCCAUCAGUGAUAUAAGACCUCCUGUAAGCACUUCAAUAAUCUCACUCCUUGUUUGGAAACUACCACAGGAGCUUCAAGGUUGACAUUAGAUCCUUGUGGAUUGAGAAGGAAUAAUUGCAUACCAUAUAACGUCCAUGGCAGAUAAGCAAGGACAACGUUUGAGAGAACUUCCUCUUUGCAUUUUGAUACUAUUGGUGAUCGUUGGCAUUACAGUGGGUGCAAGCAACAAAGAGGAUUGCUCAAAAACUCAAUACAGGCAUGAUGGAGUCUGCUGUGAUAAAUGUGCUCUAGGACAUAAGUUGAUAAAGAAAUGCUCCAGUGGCAUGAAAACUACAUGUGAGAAAUGUACAAAUGGGACCUACCAAGACAACAUGAAUUAUUUCCCAAACUGCUUCAGAUGCAUGAAAUGUAGCAAGCGAAAGCAUGCAGUGGUGAUUUCUCCGUGUACAUACCAAAAUAACACUGUUUGUGGAUGUCAGCCUGGAUACCGCAUGAGGGUCUAUGGUAGAUUUUCUUGGGAUUGUGUCCCCCAUAAAAACGCUUAUGUAAUCUUAUAAGAUAUUCUGAAGGUAUUAUGAUCCGCUUAUGUACUGUAUAUGUAUUGUGUUCUAUUUACAAAUAUUUAUUUUUCAGAUUAGUAGCUAGAGUUUACUAUUUUUGUACAAGAAAAUGUAUCCAGAAACGUUUUCAUCUGAUAAUUUAAUAAAAACAGAAUAAAA